UAUUCUGGUAGGACGUAUGCCUACCAUUAGUUCUGAACACUGGUGAGGUUUGAGGGCAAAAUGGCCGUGUUGAUUGGAAUUGCUUUCAGAGUUUCUUGGCUUUGUUGCCUGCUAUUUGGAGGGAUAACGUGUUCUACAUCAGAAGGUGAUUGGUCUCCUGCACUGGGUUCUAAUGCAGCAUGGCUCUAUACAGGAUCACUUGGGUCUCUAGGAUAUGGAAAUUAUAAGUCUCCAACAACUCAAAUGAAAGCGCAACAGAAACAUCCGUCCUCCAUCCUGCGGAAGGAACUGGCUCCCAUGUCCCAGCAAGUGAGAGAUCAAGCUCAAAUGCCCCAGAAUCAACCAGCCAAUGAACUUCAGAAGCAACUUACUGCCAUGAAACAGCAAGUGUGGCAUCCAGCUCCAAUGCCCCUGCAGCAGAAGCAACCGACCGCCGUUCCCCAGCAAGUGUGGCAUCGAGAUCAAAUGCCCGUACAGCAGAAGCAACCGACCGCCGUGCUCCAGCAAGUGUGGCAUCCUGCUCUAAUGCCCCUGCAGCAGAAGCAACCGACCGCCGUGCCCCAUCUAGUGUGGAAUCCAGCUCAAAUGCCCCUGCAGCAGAAGCCAUCGACCGCCGUGCCCCAGCAAUUGUGGCAUCAGGCUCAAAUGCCCCUGCAGCUGAAGCCACCGACCGCCGUGCCCCAGCAAGUGUGGCAUCCAGCUCCAAUGCCCCUGCAGCAGAAGCAAGUGUGGCAUCCAGCUCCAAUGCCCCUGCAGCAGAAGCAACCGACCGCCGUUCCCCAGCAAGUGUGGCAUCGAGCUCAAAUGCCCGUACAGCAGAAGCAACCGACCGUCGUGCCCCAGCAAGCGUGGCAUCCAGCUCAAAUACCCCUGCAGCAGAAGCAACCGACCGCAGUGCCCCAGCAAGCGUGGCAUCCAGCUCAAAUGCCCGUGCAGCAGAAGCAACCUACCGCCGUGCCCCAGCAAGUGUGGCAUCCUGCUCAGAUGCCCAUGCAGCAGAAGCAACCGACCGCCGUGCCCCAGCAAGCGUGGCAUCCAGCUCAAAUGCCCGUGCAGCAGAAGCAACCUACCGCCGUUCCCCAGCAAGUGUGUUAUCCAGCUCAAAUGCCCCUGCAGCAGAAGCAACCAGCCGCCGUGCCCCAGCAAGUAUGGCAUCCAGCUCAAAUGCCCCUGCAGCUGAAGCAACCCCCCACUGAACCUCAGAAGGAACUGUCGUCUAUGCCCCAGCAAGUGUGGUAUCGAGCUAAAAUGCUCCAGCAGCAAAAUCAUCUGGCUGCCAUGCCACAGAUGCCUCCUCUCAUGUGGCAUCCAGCUCAAUUUCCUCAGCAGGAGCUGUCCGUCGAACCCCAGCAGGAGCUGGCGGUCGAACCCCAGCAAGUGGGGUAUCCAGCUCAAAUGCCCCUGCAGCUGAUGCAACCCCCCACUGAACCUCAGAAGGAACUUUCGUCUAUGCCCCAGCAAGUGUGGUAUCGAGCUAAAACUCUCCAGCAGCAAAAUCAUCUGGCUGCCAUGCCACAGAUGCCUCUUCUCAUCCGGCAUCCAGCUCAAUUUCCCCAGGAGCAGGAGCUGGCCGUCGAACCCCAGGAGCAGGAGCUGGCCGUCGAAUCCCAGCAAGUUAGGUAUCCAGCUCAAAUGCUCCAGCAGCAACCAAACCCCAUUCCUCAGCAAGAAUGGCAUGUAGCUCAAAUGCCCCUGCAGCAGAAGCAACUGGCCACUGAACCGACCGCCAUGCCCCAGCAAGUGUGGUAUCGAGCUAAAAUGCUCCAGCAGCAAAAUCAUCUGGCUGCCAUGCCACAGAAGCAACAGGCCUUCAUUCCCCAGCAGCCUCCGCUCGUGUGGCAUCCAGCUCAAUUUCCCCAGCAGCAGAAGGGCCUGGCCAUCGAAACCCAGCAAGUUAGGUAUCCAGCUCAAAUGCUCCAGCAGCAACCGAACCACAUCCCUGAGCAAUUAUGGCAUGUAGCCCAAAUGCCCCAGCAGCAACUGGUCCCAAUGUCUCAGCAGAAGCACUACGAAAGCACUGAAGAUGGCGCCUCUAGUAAUUCUCAGUUCCAAAUCAGUUCCAAAUCACACUACGAGAAUGGCAGAACUGUCUUCUCCCAAACCCACUACACUCAUAGGGAGGCUAUGCCUGUUGACAGUGGAAAUGCUCCCAAUGACAGUGAUGUUGGCAUAUUUGAACCAAGCACAUACCCACCACUAGUAAAGGAUCCUACAAGGGAAAUCUAAUGGUGGCUUCAUCCUUCAGCAGCUGAUGGUUUCAGUCAUGCUUUUGUUCUGACCAGGAAGUUAUUGUUCUUGCUACUCUUGCAUGAUUGAAUCAAUAAACAAUUUUACUUUCCA